CGCACCUGCAUGUUGUUUAAAAACUUUUUUAUAGGACUGAUUGCAAAAGUUAGGUUAAAAAAAAAUUGUGACAGAAACAGAAACCAAAAUUAACUAAAAAUUUUGAAUUUCGUCUACCUAAUGUGAAUAGAAAGUUAAAAAUUAAUUGAUUAUUAUGGCUACAAAGUCCUGGAAAACAUUGGGAUUAUUGCAAAAAACUAGUGCAUUGGAUAAAGGAAUAGCGGCGUUACUACCGCAGGCUUACAAGAAGUUCUUUAAAGAAUGGAAACUAACUGAACCUACUGCUGUACAUUAUGUACCAGAAACUGGCAGAUGGAAGAGAAAUGAAGUCACAGGAGAAGUUUUACCAAUUCAAAAUGUACCAUUACCCGUUUUUUAUCCUAAAGAAUCUAAUGAUCAUUUAUGGGGUGGUGAAGGAGUCGUACAAGGUUUCCAAUUACGUGAUAAACGCAAACGAAGAGUUCCUCAUUUUUGGGUACCCAUAUUGAAGAGAUCUGUUGUAUAUUCUGAAGUUUUAGAUAAAUAUAUAUCUGUUGUUGUAACAGAUAGAGCUGUCAGUUUAAUUCAUGCCAAUUAUGGGUUUGAUCAUUAUUUACUAAAGUCUUUAGCAUGUGAUCUGCAAUCGAUGUUGGCCCUUUCUUUUAAAAGAAAAAUUCUACAAGAAUUACAAAAUGGUUGCCCAGCUUACGCAGAUAGGCCUGAAAAGCAAAGAAAGGUUUUAGAUGAAUAUAAAGGAUAUUUAUCAGCAUAUACACCAGAAGAAAUAGAAUGGUAUGGAUAUUCAUUAACAGAAGCUUGUAACAUUUUAAAACACAAAAUGGAAGCUGAAGAAAAAGCUAAAAUCGUGCCAAUGAAACACGUUUUCAGAGCAGAACUAAUAGAAAAAUUGAAAGCUGCUUCUCUUAAUGAAACGAAAAUGAAAGAAUUAGAGGAAGGAAGUUCUUCAAUUUCUUGGCUUCAGAAAAUCAAUCCAUUUGGAAAGAAGCAUGAAACUUGAGUUAAAAUUUGUUUUGUAUAGUAUGUUGUGAAAAAAAAUUUAGUUAUCAUUUGCGUUUUUUCUU